CCUCUCCCGUUCCUCCGCCCUCUCAUAACAUGAUAGAGGAAGCGGGAGGGGGGGCAGCAUGGCUGAACGGCUGAUCAGCUCCUUCGGGAACCUGAAUCUGGACGGGCCGCGUCGCAAGCGAACACCCGGCAGACAGCAACAGAACCAACACCCGGCUCCACAGCGCCCCCCGCCGUCCAGGUUCACCAAGCACAUAUACAUGCUGAGGGGGCUGCCGGGCUCCGGGAAGAGCAGCCUGGCCAGGAAGCUGAAGCGCGAGUUCCCCUCUGCCGUUGUGCUGAGCACAGACGAUUAUUUCCUGCUGGAAGAUGGAACUUACAUGUACAGUCCGGAUCUACUACAGGACGCACACAGGUGGAAUCAGAAGAGAGCACGCAAGGCAAUGACCAGGGGAAGGACUCCUAUUAUCAUUGAUAAUACUAACAUUCUGGCUUGGCACAUGAAGCCGUAUGCGGUUAUGGCACUUGAGAACUCGUAUCAGGUUAUUUUCCUGGAGCCGGAGACACACUGGAAGUUCAAUGUCAGGGAGUUAACAAGGAGAAAUAGCCACGGUGUCCCCAGACAGAAGAUCCAACGGAUGAAAGAUGUGUAUGAGCACAGCGUCACUUUCCGCAGCGUCCUGCACGCAGAGAAGCCAUCUUAA